AUGGCAAUGGUGCAGUUAUUCAAUGGCGGCUUUCACGUCAUCACCAAAGUCGCCCUUAACGGGGCGCGAGUCACGACCAGGGCUCUGCGGUUGGGUUUGGAUGGGCUCAGGGCGAGGGAUUUUUGGGUGAUGGGUGAAGAAGGAGCUUGGGACAGGGUUCACAGUUCCGGCAAGGAGAGGCAGUCCGCGAUGGAGAUUGAGGGGUACUGGUGGAGGUACAUGGGACGACAAGACCCGUGGUGGCUGGUGGAAGCUGGAAGUGGUGAUGUUAAUCACAAUGGAGGAGAUGUAGGCGCGGGAGGCCACAAAUAUGGUAUCACUGCCUACCAAAAGGCAUUGGCAAAAGCAGCGAGCAUGGAAAGGAGAACGUCAGUGUCACAUCAGAUUCCACCAGCCCACAAGGCCUUCACCGCCACAGUUCAACCGCAUUCAUCCACAACUAUUCAUGACAUCAAGAACAGCGAGGAAACAACAACCAAUACCACAAUUUACAACCUUAACACUUGUACCUGGGAAACUGUGACUAUGAAGCUAAUGGAUGUUCCAAAGAGAAAAAGGGUGAUGGUCCAAGAACUAGGGCUUACCAAGUUUAUUGGAAUGGAAGUACAACAGCCUGUGAUCCCUCCACUGUCAAGAGCCAGAGGUAUUCGCUGCUCUGUUAAGCCAGCCUCACGCAGUCCCCUCUUGUAUAGGAAAUCAGGAGAUCAAUGCCUUCGCACAGUUCACAUGGUUCAACUCCGAACUUGGAGCGGGCAGGCCAACAUGAUACAGCCACCAAACCAACUUUCAGAUAUGAAAAUUGACAUUGCCCUUAUGACAAGGGAUGUAAAGAAAAAUCAAUCUCUUCCCAUUGAUACGAAAUUCAAGCUUCCUGUACCUGUUGCAAAUUCUUCUUGGCCUCCAGGUGGUGAUUUUGCCAGUGGGACAAUUGAUCUGGGUGGGCUACAGGUGUCUCAAAUAUCAACAUUCAACAAAGUUUGGAGCACAUAUGGCGGUGGACCGGACGAUCAAGGUUUCACCUUGUUUGAACCAUCAAUACCUCAAGGUUUCUUUAUGCUGGGUUGCUACAGCCAACCCAACAACAAGCCACUUUUUGGAUGGGUUCUUGUGGCAAAAGAUGUGGGUGGAAAUACAUGCAGCCCCACUUUAAAGCAACCAAUUGAUUUCACACUUGUAUGGAACAGUGCAUCUAUGAAGAUUAGCCAAGAUGGUCCUAUCUAUGUUUGGCUUCCAACAGCACCUGAUGGGUAUAAAGCUGUAGGCCAUGCUGUCACUACCACGCCAAAUAAGCCUUCCCUUGACAAAAUCAGGUGUGUCAGGUCAGACCUCACUGACCAAUGUGAGAUAAAUUCAUUGAUUUGGGAAUUAGGCGGCUUCAGUGUUUAUGAUGUUAGACCAAGCAUUAGGGGAAUUCAGGCUCCUGGUGUUAGAGUAGACACCUUUGUUGUUCAAAAUGGGAGUACCAACCCUCAAUCUAUUGUUUGUUUAAAAAACACGAAAACUAUCCCAAAAUACAUGCCUAAUCUGAAACAAAUCAAAGCAAUACUCCAAGUUUACUCUCCAACUAUGUGCUUGCAUCCCAGUGAAGAAUACUUGCCAUCUUCUGUAGAUUGGUUUUUCUCCAAUGGGGCACUACUAUAUAAGAAAGGGGAAGAGUCAAAUCCUGUCCCAAUUUCACCAAAUGGCACAAACCUGCCUCAGGAUCAUAACAAUGAUGGUGCCUAUUGGCUGGACCUACCUGCUGAAGCAACCAACAAAGAGAGGGUCAAAAAAGGAAACUUGCACAGUGCCAAAAGUUAUGUACAUGUGAAACCAAUGCUCGGAGGAACCUUCACUGACGUUGCAAUAUGGGUCUUCUACCCAUUCAAUGGCCCUUCAAGAGCAAAAGUUAAGUUAAUUUCUUUUCCAUUGGGGAAAAUAGGUGAACAUGUUGGUGACUGGGAGCAUGUGACACUAAGGGUAAGCAACUUUAGUGGUGAACUCUGGCAGGUCUAUUUCUCACAACACAGCAAAGGUACAUGGGUUGAUUCCUCUCAGAUUGAGUUCCAAAGUGGUGGCAACAAACCACUACUCUAUUCUUCCUUGCAUGGCCAUGCAUCAUACCCACAUGCUGGCCUUAAUCUGCAAGGGGCAGAUAACAUAGGCAUAAGGAAUGAUACUGAUAAAGGUAACAAUGUUAUGGAUUUGGGGAUAUUUGAAUUGGUUUCUGCUGAGUAUUUGGGGUCUGCAGUUAUAGAGCCUCCUUGGCUGAACUAUUUCAGGGAAUGGGGUCCUAAAAUUGAUUAUGAUAUAGAUGUUGAGCUGAAGAAGAUUGAGAAGUUCUUGCCUAAGAAUUUAAAAUCUGCGUUGGAAAAGAUUUUGAAGAGUUUGCCAAGUGAGGUGCUGGGAGAGGAAGGACCCACAGGUCCAAAGGUCAAGAACAAUUGGAACGGAGAUGAAAUUUGA